CCUUUACCAUACUAUCCUCACCACUACUCUCCCCUUUGAGUGUCUCUAGCUAAGCUAGCUAGUGUGACAUAAUAUAAUAGAUUGAUGGCGGAACCAGGCCACGUCGCUUUCACUCAAAAAAUGCAAGGAUGGUUUCCGGAGAAGGUCCAAUUGCACAUAGCCAUGCUAGCGUUGCAAUUCGGAUACGCCGGUUUUCAUGUUGUCUCUAGAGCUGCCCUUAAUAUGGGCAUUUCCAAGAUUGUCUUUCCUGUUUAUCGCAACAUCCUUGCCUUCAUCCUUCUUCUUCCAUUCGCUUACUUUCUUGAAAAGAAGGAUCGCCCACCGAUUAAUCUUGGCCUUUUAAUCCACUUCUUCCUCCUUGCCAUUGUCGGGAUUACUGCAAACCAAGGCUUCUACUUGUUGGGUUUGGACAACACUUCGCCAACAUUUGCCUCUGCCAUCCAAAACUCUGUCCCCGCCAUCACAUUCCUUAUGGCGGCUGUUCUCCGGAUUGAGAAAGUGAGACUAGACAGAAAAGACGGCAUAUCCAAAGUAGCAGGGACCAUAUUCUGCAUUGCAGGGGCAUCAGUGAUCACCCUUUACAAAGGACCAACGAUCUACAGCCCGUCUCCGUCUCUAAACAAAGUGAGGGAGAUGUCGCCGGUGUUGCAGUCUUUGGGGGACGCCAACGUGAAAAGCUGGACAUUGGGGUGCUUGUUUUUGAUCGGGCAUUGUUUGUCAUGGUCUGGGUGGCUUGUGUUACAAGCACCCGUGUUGAAAAAGUACCCGGCUCGGCUUUCUUUCACUUCAUACCAGUGUUUCUUUGGGAUACUUCAGUUUAUAGUGUUGGCUGCUUUUAUGGAACGAGACUUGAACGCUUGGCUCAUUCAUUCUGGCUCGGAGCUUUUUAGUGUGUUUUAUGCUGGAGUGGUAGCAUCAGGCAUAGCAUUCGCAGUACAAAUUUGGUGCAUUGACAAAGGUGGCCCGGUUUUUGUCGCAUUGUAUCAACCUGUUCAGACACUCGUUGUUGCUCUCAUGGCUUCCGUUGCUUUAGGCGAAGAGUUCUAUUUGGGAGGGAUCAUAGGAGCGGUACUAAUCAUAACAGGAUUGUAUCUCGUGUUGUGGGGAAAGAACGAAGAGAGGAAGUUCAUGCUACAAAAGCAGCCCCCAUUGAUUCAAUCUCCCACGGACCAUGGCAUGCCAAGAGCAAUAGGCCACGCCAAAUCAUCCAUUGUCCAGCCUUUGUUAUCACAAUCAAAUGAAAGUGCUUGAACAACAUAUGAGCCUAACCUUUUUGAAAAUGGAAGUUUACCAUGUCUAUCUCUUUAAUGUGAAAAGGGGAAAGCAAAGUGUGGUGUGUUUUGCAAAAGUGUCCUUUUAGUUGAGAUUUUGUUUGUUGAUUCAUGAUGAUGAUGAUGAUGAUCGACUUUAACUUUUAUCACUUUAAAAAAGAGAAAGCAAGGAAAAGCCAAGUGAUGAUUAAUUUUAUUAUUAUGCUAUUAGACAAGAAAUGCUUUAGUUUUAUAUCA